GAGUUUGAGUUUGUGAUUUAUCAGAGAUUUGCAUAUGUGGGCUGAAGAUUGGGAUUAGGAUCAAGAUUCAGAUUUAGAUUCUUUUUGAGUUGGGAAGUUUGUGGUUUACUUUUUGUUUUAGGGGAGAUUUGAAGGGAACGGUUGUUUCUCGAGGACUUGAUCUCGUCACAUACUUUUCGAAUCCGAAUCUCGAAUCUAAAGAUAAAAGACAAAGACAAAGACGAAGGAAAGAGUGAAAGCAUUAUACGGCAUAGAGAGAUUUGUGUCGUGGAUUUUGAAGAGGACUUGUGAGAGACUGGGAAGAAAUUGGACGAGAUUCUACGUUUGCAUCUCGGUCUGCGUCUAGUUCUGAGAUUCUAGUUUCUGCGAGGAAGAUUCAUUUGGUGAGGGAUACGACGGAGUGUGAUUUGGUGGAAUACGAUUCGAUUCGAUACGCCACGAUACGACACGAUACCAAACGAUAAGAAGACGCGGACGUGAAUUUAGAUAAAUAUCUUGGGAUAAGGAAGAUUAUCGAAUACUGGGUGACGGGAUCAGAUUUGCGAGAAUCUAGAGAUUUCUGGGAGAUUCAAAGAGAAAAGAUUUCGAGAAUUGGCGAAGUGGGUUUAUUGCGAUAUUUAUUGCGAGAAGUGGUUGUAAAGACGCAGAAGGAAUAAAAGGGAGAAGAAACCAGAAGAUUUCUGCGAACAACAUAUAUUUGAACCACUCUCUUCACCAUCAGCGGAAUACGUUUACCUACCUGUCUACCUACUCUGAUCUGUCCCGAUAUUCAGUCUUCCACGCAUAUAGAUUUUCUUCCAAAUAAUUCAUCGACCCCGCCAUAACAAUGGCGUCAACUUCUACCCCUCCAGUCGGCCGAACACAAACCCGGCUUCAAGGACAAGCACAAACGGCUCCACAGAAUCGCGGAAGUUUAACAAUCACGCAAUCACAAUCGAACACCAAUACACCGGUUUUACGUUUGAGAGGUGCGCCGAAUACAGAAAGUGAAAGUAGUGUGGAUGGAGCAACGGGUUUAGGAAGGGGAAGGAGGAUUCAGUGGGCGGAAGAUGUGGUGGAUAAUGAAGGGUUGGGGAGGAAGAAGAGUAAAGUUUGUUGUAUAUACCAUGCUCCUCGACCCAUCGAUGAAUCCUCGGAUGAAAGUUCGAGUGAUAGCGAUGAUAGUAGUAGUGAUGAUGAUGACGGGGGUGCAAAACCUUCUGGGGGUGGAGGGAAAGGAGGUGGACAUGGACAUGGACAUGAUCAUGAUCAUGGAGAUGGAUGUGGACAUGGGAAGGGAAAGGGAAAGGGUAAAGAGAGGAAAAGAAGUCCGAAUGCUUAUGAAAGGCAACCGAAUUAUAAGGGGAAGGGAAAAUGAUCAUUAUGAAUGGGUUGGGAAGGGAAUGGAAACAGGGAAGAGGAAAUGGCAUUUCAUUCGGGUCUUGGUAUGACAUGACAUUACUUGAGAAUGACUUUUUCUUCUUGAAUAGAAUAGAAUAGACUAUGGGUCA